AUGCAAGCUGUCGUGCUUACCCUUGGUCUCCUCAUGGCCCACCUCGAGAUCACCACCGCAGUGGCUGUGGCAGUCCCUUCACCUCUCCGCUCCUCCGUCUCUGUUGAUGAUCCGAACGCCGUACUUCCGGUGAUGGAAUCGCUGGAACCUAAGGACACGGAGUUGUACUACCUUCGACAGCUGCAGGACAUGCGGAAUAGGAUGAACGCCUACCGAACAUCGAAGCGCUUCUUCUGCAACCCCUACGGCUGCAUCUAG